AUCGCCGUUGGUCAGGUGCAUCGUCCAACCCCGAGGAGACAAAUGUGUGGAUUGAGAAGACACCGUCGCACCAAGCCUUGCUGUUGCUUCGCUCUUGCCGUGCGAAGCUCAUCCAGAGGUUCGGUGGUAUCGAUCGUGCAUACAUCAGGUCUGUCCCGGCUCUGACCGGCAUGACCGCCGAAGUCUUCCGAGCGAGAACGCUAAGGCGCUCCGAGAAGGCGAAAGAGGAGACCCCACAUUUCGAACGCCCAGAGUUCAACGAGGCAUCCGAAGUGGGUAGGCUGCGCUUGAGAUAUGGCACUUGCGAGGCGCAUUCGCCAACUCGCAGAAAUGCCUUCAGCCCCUGUGUCGUUGAGGUGCUGGAUCGGGUGAGUUUCCGUGACUUCUUACUUGAGAACGGUGUUUCUGGCCGAGAGGACAGCCUGCAAGGAACAACGAAGUAUCCAGUCCACUUCCUGGGUGCGGGUGAGGGGCGCGGGCACCAUUCCACGAGCAAGGGCUGGACACCUUCUUGCCGUAUCGAUCAGGUGCCGCGGGUGCAGUUCUUCGUAGUUGUCUUGUGGCCCCCUGUGACCUCGGCACGCUGGCAGGUGACGCGGCCUGCCUUCUUCAAAUCGCUGGUCCUCGCCGAAGGCCUGCAAGCUGCAGAAGUCUUCCGUGAGGAGCUCAUGGAGAUGCUGGGUCACGAUGCCAACGGCGCAGCCCUGCCCGGUCUGCCCGCCCUUCCUGUCCAUGGUGUGAGGUUUGAACGAGUUCGGAGAGAGGCGGCGGCACUGACGGAGGACCUCUUGACGAACCUUUUUCAAGGGGUCGACCGAGCUGUGGCAGAGGCUCACGCACCUCAUGCUGCUUAUGCUCAGGCGAAAGCUUCACAUGUCAACGAGGGGCUGCCGGACAACCGCGCAUUCAACUUCCAGCUGCCGAACUUGCCGCAGGCCGAACCGUACAGCAAGCCUGGUGGCACUAGCCGGCACGUGGAUGCCACAGCACUCGGUGGUGUCACAUCCAAUCGUCGGAACAGCUUCGUGGCACGAGUCGCGCCAGCGGCAGUCGCCACGGCACGUGCGACAGAUUCCAAGUCUUCCAGCGGUCACAGAAGAGGCUCGCUGGCCCUGUCCGGCCUGCCCGGACUGAAUGCUGAUCUGGGCCGAUCGCGCAAUGAGCCGAGUGAAGCUGCCAGUCAAGGCACUUCCAGCUCUGGGUCGGCCUCCGAGACGGAGCUGGCGCCGAGACGGCCCUCCCAGCUCCUUCCGCCUGGCAACCAGAGGACGACCAGCAAGGCGAGCCAGGCGAGCCAGGCGAGCAGCCGGUCGAGGAGAAGCAGUUUAGCAACCUCGGAGUCAAGCAGGGAAGAAGUAAAGAGGUUCUCCUUGCUCGAAAAACGUCUACAUGUUGAAACGGAGAUGCAGUUCAAUGCAGCCCUCUUGAAAGUGUUUGACAACAUGGUGCUUGGCCCAGACAUCAACCCUUGGGAACCGAUGUCGCGAAACCACUUUAUGUAUGUCAUGAAGCCGAUGAAGAAGCUGAGCGAAGAGAAUCUGAAGGCCCUGUUCCUCCUGGAUGGCCAUCGCCAGUCCGAGGGGAAAGCAAUCCCUCAAGAGCUGGCCUUGCGAGCCUUGGCAGGUUUCGGGCAUGGGUGCCGAGAGCUCAAGGUGCAUCUUGGCUACAAGGUGGAAGAAGAGUCCAAGCUUCCGAAAGUGAAAGCUGCAGCCAAGCCGAAGGCGUCGGCGGAAGCAACGGGUCUGGUGGUUGCAGGUCCUUCGAACCUUCAAGCCUUAACAGAGGAUGGGAAAGAGCUUCCAUCCCUUGCUAUUGGCACCCGCCUUGCGGGCAAAGAGCUGUUUGCAAAGGCCGUCAGGAAGGUCGGGCUUACCACAAAGCUCAUGCCAAAGAAGGAGGCCGUAGCGUUACCAGCCUUGACAGUCGUUGGCAAAGAGGGCACUGAGGAGCGCGAGGCCUCUCCCUUGCAGUGGCGACCCGGACGAAAGGCUUCAAGCGUGCUGAGGCAAUCGUCCAGUCUCGGCGAGCUUGAUGGGAAGUUGAGUGGCAAGGUGGCUUGGACGAGCUACGCUUCGAGAGAUGAGGCUGACAUGAAAAAGACACCUACACUCCAUGCGCCUGAGCUGAGUGAACCGGACCUUAUCGAGCUGCAGUCGCUUGCGAAGCGCGAGUCGAGCAAGCUGGCCCAGAGGCUUUCGCUCUUCGAUGCAGACAAGCAGCAGAACGUUCUGAUAUGGUCACAGUUACGAUCGGCGUUUGCCACCCUGCUGAAGAAGGGCUCAGCCCUUCGAGCGUUUCAGCAAUUGGGAGGUGAUACCCUCGAGAGAGACCCUCUGCGGGAUGCACUCGUCCGCACGCUGAGUCUUCCAACUAUUGACGCAGAGCGGAUCGCCGAUGCCGUGCUGACGAUUGAAUCUGACGAUGCUUUAGGGAGGGAUGACUUCGUGAGAGUCUUGAAAUUUCUCCAGCCGGUGCGCUCGGUUUUGGAUUUCCGCACGCGCUUGGUUCAACGAUUUGGUACUGCCGAGGCUGGCUUGGAUGCUUUCGUGGAGUGCCUUGGAAAGGGUAGCUUGUCCAAAGAAAAGCUGGAGACUGUGGCGCUGGGACUCGGCAUGGGCCGUCAGGAUAUAGAGGCGGUUUUCAAGCAAGCAAGUGUGCUUGGUGGCGGAGGAGGAGUCACAAGCGUUGAGAUUCUGAGAGUAAGCCUACGCCACGCUCACAUUCUACAACAGCUUCACCUGCUUGAGCAGUAUUUGGGUGGGCCGUCAUCCUGUCAGGCAUGGCUCAACGACCGACAGAAUGCGCUGGCCGCGGAGGUGUUUGACCUGCUGCAGCCACUUGGUGUUUCCUCGAACUUCUGCCAGCAGCUUGUUGCCAUGCUUCGCGACCGCGCCUUGAAUUCCGUCAAGGCAGGGGAGUCUGCAGCCGACCUGAUCGAGGUCAUGCAGUGCCUAGCCGAGACGGAAACGGAAGCAGCACUGGAAGGCACAGGAAGAGAGGAGCUGGACCAAGCGGGCCUGGAAGCAGCCAAGGAGCUUAGAAGGUACAUCAACCAGAAUUUCGACGACUUUCGGCAGGCAUACCAGAUCUUUGAUACCAGGCUGUCGGAUGGAAUUGAUCUAUUGGAGUGGGAGGACCGAAGACAAGACUUCGGCUUUGCCGAUGCGGAGCGCUGGGCUCUGGUUUAUGGCAAGAUGGUCGGGUGGCACCACCCACGGUGGGACAAUAAGCAGUCUGAAGCAACAAAGGUUACAUUGGAAGCCUUCACGUCGCUACUCACUGAUGCAGCUCCUGUGAACAACCUUUAUUCUUUGCGCGCUCGAUGCCAGAAGGCCUUUGGCUCGCUCUCCAGAGCCUGGAGCGCCAUCGCAGAGGACCAAGAGGAGGUUACACUUUCAAAGUGGCAGCACAACCUGAUACGCUUGAACAUUGGCAGAAACGCCGUCCUGGCCCUUUCGAUGCAUUACAGAUGUUUCGCAACUCUCAUGGAGCAGUUGGGAAUCCGAGGUCCAGCCGAGGCCGAGACAGUUGAAGCGCAGAAGUCAGCACUUGCUACCCUCGUGAUUCCAAUCCUGCUCAAGUGUCGUGAACUGUCAGACAUCCACUAUACGGAAGAUUCCGUGAAGCAGGAAGCCAGGUUAUUCUUCAAUUACUUGGACGCAGACUCGGAGGGCUUUGUGUCGAUCGACGACCUUUUGGACGAAAUGACUGCAAUCCAGGCAGUGUACCUUCCUCUCGAGGCUUGGCGUAAUUCGUGCCUACGAGAUGUAGAAUGGUUGACUCAAAGGCCUUGGAUAUUACAGCUAAGCUUCAUUCACAGUUCCGUACAGGAGUCCGCGAAUCGCGCUGAACUUAGAUCCAAGGUUUGCAAGCUGAAACACAAGCAGCGAUGUGAAACCCAAGGAAUGGGAGCCUCUCAGAGCUCGCCCCCACUCCAAGCAGUGCCCUAA